AUGACGCAACAACAACGAAGUGCGUUUAGCACCAUCUUGGCCAUCCAUGAUCUGGCGAUGCUCAUGCUGGAAUUCCAGUGCGGCAUCUACGAAGAUGUGUAUCCUCUCAUGCUCCGCCAUGACGAUAUAGCCACCACCUGCACCAACAUCAUCGCCGACCCUUCGAACGCCAAGUCCCUCCUCAUGGACUUCCAUACCGCCUUCGCGCCUUGGUACCACUUGCGCAGCGACACGGCGUCAUCGUGUCUGCGCCGCUUGCUUCGAUGCAAUCCAAAGCUCGCUCCGUUGCUUGCAUUGUACGGUGUGUUUACCAAUACCGCCCCGCUCCUCACCGUCCUCCUGCAAGUACCUCAAACUCCAAGUCUAAGGUGGCCGUCGAUUUGGAUGGAUAUCGCCGCGUCGGCCGGCCAUCUCCGCGCCCUCCAAGUGCUCGACGUCGUCACCAAGACGUGCCCCUUCAGCGCUAUGGACCACGCCGCCAUGAACGGCCACCUGCAUGUCGUCACGUACCUCCACGAACACCGUCGCGAAGGAUGCACCGAAAGUGCCAUGGAUUAUGCGUCGGCCAAUGGCCAUUUGGCAGUCGUAGCGUAUUUACACGCCCACAGGUACGAAGGUUGUACGACCUUCGCCAUGGACUGGGCCGCUGAGCAUGGCCAUUUGGAUGUAGUGCGCUUUCUACACGAAAACCGCACCGAAGGCGCGUCGCCAAAUGCACUGGCCGACGCCGCCAUCAACGGCCAUCUCGAAGUGGUGCGCUUUUUGCUCACCUAUCGACCCUCUGACGGCUGCCGCGAAGAUGCCAUGGACCGUGUGGCCGGGAAUGGAUUUUUGACGAUUGUGCAAUUACUGCACGAGGCCACGACGUGUCGCGGCUGGACGACCUCCGCCAUGGACAAUGCUGCCGCCGGUGGCCAUUUAGAAGUGGUGCAGUUCCUACAUCGCCACCGACCCGAGGGCGUGUCCGACGCAGCGUUGGUGCGGGCCGCCGAGGGGGGACAUUUCGAUGUUGUGAGAUUCUUGCACGAGCAAUACACGCAAGGCGAUCGGGUGGCAGCAAUCGAUCGAGCUGUACGGCAGGGACAUGCUCAAAUCGUGGGGUACUUGCAAGGAAAGCGAAAGCGCGAAAGCCAGAGUUUGUAUGACACGAUUAAGAGAGUCAGGCUGGCGCACUGGCCGCUCUUCUUGUAA